AUGAAUUUAACUUUAAAAAAAUUCCAAGUUCACCCAUUCCAUUUAGUAGCACCAUCACCAUGACCUAUUUUAGUUUCAUUCAGUGUGAUGUCAAUUAUGUUAACAUUAGUAUUUAAUAUGCAUGGUUUCAUGCAUAAUAAUUAUUGAGUAGUAUUCUCAGCUAUAGUAGCUAUAAUGACUAUGGCUUUAUGAUUUAGAGAUAUAAUCUCUGAAGCUACUUAUUUAGGAGAUCAUACUUUAGCUGUAAGAAAAGGAUUAAAUAUAGGAUUUAUCUUAUUCGUAGUUUCAGAGUUAUUCUUCUUCAUAGCUAUAUUCUGAGCUUUCUUCCAUUCAGCUAUGGCUCCUACAAUUGAAUUAGGAGGUGUAUGACCUCCAGUAGGAAUAGAAGCUAUAGGACCUUCAGAAUUACCUUUACUUAAUACUAUAUUAUUAUUAUGUUCAGGUGCCACAUUAACAUGAAGUCAUCAUGCUUUAUUAGGAGGUAAUAGAUUUAAUACAUUAUUAGGUUUAAUAUUAACUAUAGCUUUAGCUGUAACAUUCAUGAUAUGUCAAUAUAUGGAGUAUAGUAAUGCUCCUUUCACUAUUUCAGAUGGUAUCUUUGGUUCUGUAUUCUAUUUUGGGACAGGUUUCCAUGGUUUACAUAUUAUUAUAGGUAUUAUCAUGUUAGGUGUAUCAUUAUGAAGAAUAUAUACAUACCAAUUAACAAAUAACCACCAUGUAGGUUAUGAGACAUCAAUAUUAUAUUAUCACUUUGUUGAUGUAGUUUGAUUAUUCCUUUACAUCGUUUUCUAUUGAUGAGGAACAUAA